AGGGGGAGGGGGCGCUGAUGCUCACUGCUGCCAGUGAAUUUUAGCUCCUGAGACCACAGCUGCGUAAACUUGGCCAGAUCUGGUGACAUUGUGGGCUGUGUGUGUGUUCGCGCGUGCUUGUGUGUGCGUGCGUUUUUUAGUGCGCGUGUGUUUGUGUGAGCAGCCUGGAUGGAUAUGCGGCUCACCGAGGGAAUUUAAAAAGCAAAGGGGGGGGGGGGGAUUACUAUCAGCCCCUCUCCUUCUAUAACCUCAAAAUGGAUGCCGACGACAGCCUGUGGAGACGCCAGUGGAUCAGCCACUCUUCCGCCGAUCUGAGCGACAUCUGAGCGACGCGAGCGUCCAAAGUUUGGAUAAUCAUAAAAGAAAAGAGAAGAGAACGAAACAAGGCUGAAGGUGUAGGAUGCAGUCUGGAGUGAAGACGCUCUCCGCAGGUGGAGGUGCGUCACUCUGCUGCCUGCUGCUCCUCUGGCUCAUCUACUCCCAUCUGCUCAGAGAGGGCCAGUUGGCGGUGGGAACCUGCGAGAUCGUGAUGCUCAACAGAGACAGCACCGUCCCACGUCGCACCAUCGCAAGGCAGACGGCCCGCUGCGCCUGCCGGAGAGGCCAGAUCGCCGGCACCACCAGGGCCAGGCCGGCAUGUGUAGACGCGCGCAUUGUGCGGAGUCGCCAGUGGUGCGAGAUGGCUCCCUGCCUGGAGGGGGAGGUCUGCAGCUACCUGUUCAACCGAUCCGGCUGGACCUGCACCAGGGGCAGUGGUCCCAUCAAGACCGUCACGCCUUUGCCCAAGGAGCCGUCGUAGGAUGCAGAGAAAACAGCAAGUAUAUUCAUAGUCACCCAUGUGCUGCCGCAGGAAAGAUCAAUCUCUACACCAGAAUAUUGUGUCCAUUCCCCAAUGAGAUUCCCAAACGUAAUACAGGUUUGACCUUCAAUACUAAAAUAAAUAAAUAGUGAUAAUCCAGAGUUCCUCAAAUGGCCACAGUGAAAGACCGUGGGCAGACACUUCUGAGGAGUCUCAGUGAGCAGCAUGCCACGCCAUCGGCAUUGAAUCUUCACUGCAACCAAAUUUGUGGACAAAUCACAGAACUGAAAUCCCUGUGAGGAACGUUUAUCGCCGGGGCGGUGGAAUAUUCAUUGACGUACUUUGACGUUUGUUUUUGUUCUUGUUAUCCAACAUCGGCUUCUGGAAGAUUUUUUUGUACCUUUGUGGCCUGGCUUGGACUUGUUAGAAGGUCUUUCAGAAGUCGACACCGUUCAUCUUCUUUAUAUCCUUGCCACGAGGGCACCCGGGGUUCUACUCCAGCCAAGUCUCCUUGACGACAGCUUACUGCUGAAGAGUAAUGACUCUGCAGGGGUUGAGCCAGCCCGUAUUGUCCUUUGGAUUCCUUCUCUCAUUUGGCUGAUGGGUGAAACUUUACACCUCUGCAUAUUCACACACAGGACGGAAGGUUGUGAGAAAGCAUGGAGGUCUCUUGGGACGUCACAGAAGGGGCGACAGAGAUGCGUGGACUUGAUGACGGAGGUCGCGAUGGUGAAAUGUGGACAUUUUGAGCGUCUAAGCUUAUAACUUUAUGUGGUGCCAACAUAGAAUAGAACAUUAGUUUUUUGUCAAUGAACCUCACACAUCUUGUACACACCACCAGGAGCAUUUAGCAGAUGUGAACCCCUGGCUCAUGUUAAUGGUCUGUUUGUUUGUGCGCACGUGUUUUUGCAUCUCUCCACGUGGGAAUAUAUGUGGCUGUGCGCUUGUGUGCGUGCACAUCCAGAGAUACACUGUGAAAUAAGUCAUAUCCAAUGCAUCACUCAUAAACUUGUAUAUUUUUGGGACAUGCCCAGGCCAGAGCUCACCAUCUGGCAAGACAAGCAUUUGAUUUUUUUUUGCAGAUGUUGGAUUGCAUUUGAAUGUUCAUGUGUGAAUCCCUGGUAUUGACUAUUCUUUUCUUCCGUGUGUUUUAUUUAGUACAUAGAGAUAUUUAUAUUGAAGGUGGGGGACGGGGCGGGGGAAUUCGAGGACAGAUCUGCAGUGUGACGCGGAAGUUAAACUCUGUAAUUAAUAUCAGUUCAUGCGUGAUUAAAUGUAUUUAGAAUCCAUAUCUAAAUUGAUUAUAUUUUGAUAUGAAAUGCUGGACGUGCUAUUUGAUGAUUUCAUAUGCUUGAUAUAUUUGAAACAAUGUAUAUAUACAUAUAUAUAUUCAAUUAAUGUAUUUUAUGUUAUGUGGGUCUCAUUUCAAGCAGAGGUAAUGCAAAGGAGAAGCACAAGAGGCAUUCUUCUAGUAAAUGCAAGAGGUGGACAAAUUAACACGAACACCAGCAAGAUAUUACAAAUACACAAUGAAAAUGAAACGCAACUUAAAUAGCCUUCACAUAGCAAUUGUUUGUAUCAGGGCAAUUACAAUAGAUCUGCACAGGUGUUCCUGUUAAUGUGUCUACACCCUUUUUUUAUUUUUUAAUUAUUUGUACUAAAACAUUGUGUACAACUCCAUCUUAAUGUAUGCAUUUGAGGAUAUAAAGAGAGCGUCCGCUCCUGGGUGCUGAGGAGUGUGUA